AGAGCCAGGAUGUCACAUCGCACCAUCCACCUGUUCCGGAAGGGACUUCGGCUCCACGACAACCCAACCCUGCUGGCUGCCCUGGAGUCCUCCCAAGUCAUCUACCCUGUCUACAUCCUGGAUGAGAAGUUCAUGACAUCAGUCAUGCACAUGGGGACCCUGAGGUGGCAUUUUCUGCUGCAGUCCCUGGAAGAUCUGCAGAAGAACUUGUGUCAGCUGGGUUCCUGCUUGCUGGUUCUUCAAGGAGAGUAUGAACUUGUUCUUAGAGAUCAUGUCCAGAAGUGGAAGAUCACCCAAGUGACUCUGGAUGCAGAGAUGGAACCAUUUUACAAGGAGAUGGAGGCCAACAUACGACAUCUGGGAGAUGAGCUGGGCUUUGAGGUGCUCUCCCUGGUGGGCCACACUCUGUACAACACCCAACGGAUUUUGGAGCUGAAUGGGGGGAACCCUCCCCUGACCUACAAGAGGUUCCUUCACAUUCUGUCCCUGCUGGGUGACCCGGAGGUGCCAGUCAGAAGUGUCACAGCUGAAGACUUCCAGAGAUGCAGGCCCCCUGACCCGGGCCUGGCUGGGUGUCACAGGGUGCCUCUCCCUGUGGAUUUGAAGAUCCCCCUGGAGAACCUUUCCCCCUGGAGAGGAGGGGAGACCGAAGGGCUGCGGCGCCUGGAGCGACACUUGACUGACCAGGGCUGGGUGGCCAAUUUCACCAAACCCAGGACAAUCCCCAAUUCUCUGCUUCCAAGCACCACGGGCCUGAGCCCCUAUUUCAGUUUGGGCUGCUUGUCAGUUCGGACCUUCUUCUACAGGUUGUCCAACAUUUAUGCUCAGGCCAAGGAUCACUCUCUGCCCCCAGUGUCACUCCAAGGGCAGCUUCUGUGGAGGGAAUUCUUCUAUACGGUGGCAUCAGCCACCCCAAACUUCACCAGGAUGGCUGGGAACCCCAUCUGCCUCCAGAUCAGCUGGUACGAGGACGCAGAGCAGCUCCACAAGUGGAAAACGGCACAGACGGGCUUCCCAUGGAUUGAUGCCAUCAUGACCCAGCUGCGCCAGGAGGGCUGGAUCCACCACCUGGCCCGGCACGCGGCCGCCUGCUUCCUGACCCGGGGGGACCUGUGGAUCAGCUGGGAAGAGGGCAUGAAGGUGUUUGAGGAGCUGCUCUUGGAUGCUGACUACAGCAUCAACGCUGGGAACUGGAUGUGGCUCUCAGCCAGUGCCUUCUUCCACCAGUACACAAGGAUCUUCUGCCCAGUUCGCUUUGGGAAGCGCACGGACCCCCAGGGCCACUACAUCAGGAAAUACCUGCCUGUACUAAAGAACUUUUCCUCCAAGCACAUCUAUGAGCCCUGGACAGCAUCUGAGGAGGAGCAGAAGGAAGCAGGAUGUAUCAUAGGCCGGGAUUACCCCUUCCCCAUGGUGAACCACCCAGCAGCCAGUGCCCACAACCUGCAGAGGAUGCGGCAGGUCCGGGAGGAGCAGCACAGAACAGCCCAGCUCACCAGAGAUGAUACAGAUGACCCAAUGGAAAUGAAGGUAAAACGUGACCACUCUGAAGAAAAUGUAUCGAGAGGAAAAGUGACCAGGAUGGGAGAACAAACAGAGGUCCCAUCAGGGAUUGCCCCUGGGGAGCCAAAAAGUGGUCAAGGGGGAGACCCAGAGGAGAGUUGA